GUCAUACAGUAAUACUAUGUGCAUAAUUUGUGCCUCUUCGUCAGCCCAUGCAACAGAAUGGAAUAGAUUCUCCCUGGGCUGGAGUAAGACACAUGGUAUAUUAUUGAUGCUGUUCGGCCUGUUUGAUCAGGGCUAGUUUUGCCUGACUGGAGCCACAUGAAUGUCACCACUUGCUUUCUCACCUGUCGACCUCGUUAACUCAGGUGUGAGGAUGCAUGGAGGUGGUGCCCGGCUACACUGACGUACACGACUUCGCCCCGAGAGGCAUGGUAUUAAGGGGGCCGGCUUGCUGUCAAUAAGCUAGGCCGGGAUAGAGGUGCAAACAUGGCCUCUUCGGGGCCCAUAGCAGAGCAGGAGGCCGUGGCAAGUACACAAGAGGACGAAGGUCGCGGAGAUGUCGGCAUGGCGACAGACCCUAAAGAAGGCAAAAAGUCCCGUAAGUUCAAGCCAUUUGAGGCCAUGCGGAAAUUAUUCAAGGGAGGUCGAAAACGUACUAAAUCUAAAGAUGACAAUCAGAUCAGUGUGGUGUCUGUCAAGGCCAAGUCAACCACGGCUCUGAUGUCAGCCGGCAGCUUUGACGACGAUGACGACAGCGAUGGAGGCUUCAAAUCCCAUCACAGUAAGCAGAAGCCACUCCAGGGCGGUAAUCGCAGCAUCUCCGAGGACAGCGUCUUCACCCCCGGCGACCGAGGGGAAGCCAGCAUCACUGCACUCAAGACUGUGGCUGUGUCGGAGGAGAACCUUCACAAGAAUGCAUUCCAGAACGAGUUGUUCACCAAGCUGAAGAAGAGACACUCCCAAUACUCCGACGACGACGAUGGCUUGCCGCAGAGCCCUGUGCCACCCAUGACGACAGCAGACAUCCUCGGAGGACCUCUGAAGCCUGGGCCAGGCAAGUCCAGCAGCAGGGAGAGCGAGAAGAGUCUCAUCAGUGUUGACAGCUCCGACAAUGAGGGGGAUGACCCUUUCUUGACCAAGUGGAACAGUCCAGGCAAACCUCGAAGGAGCAGUGACCAGUCACCGCCACCUGCUAAAGGAAGCUCGAUGGACUUGGAGGCCGUCAAGAGGACACCCAUGCUGAGUAAUGAGGCGGCCAAAUUCAAGCGGUCGGUUAAACCUCGGAAGCAGAACAGGCAGUCCCGCAAGAAGAAAGAUGCUGUGUCAGCACUGGGUCUACCGAGUCUCAAUGAAGAGUCCCCUACCAAGCUACAGGCAGAGGAGAGUGCAUUUGCAACACCAGGUGUUGACAUCCCAACUGACACCAGUGUCUUGGAAGUGUCAUCUGGGCCCUCAGAGAAACCAACUGUGUCACUGAAACCCACGGAAUUACCUCCAAAACCUGUAGCUCCUACUAAACCUGUAGCUCCCACUAAACCUUCUGGUGAUGCAUCAGCUAAGACUGUCAGUGUGACCAGCCCAGUGAGUGAUGCUGCAAGUAAACAUACACUCCCAGGGACGGUGAAGGUCGAGGUCAGGAAAGAGCCGACCUCUGCCCUCCGACCCUCCGACCAGGAUGUGAGUCGAGGGAGGUCCACUUCUGUUAACACAAAGGAGAAGGUGGAUGCACCUGCUGAAAAAAAGUCCUCAGAAUUGUCAAAUGCUUUCAGUAAGUUGAAGCGUAAACCUGUAAAAACUGAAGAUGAUGAACUGCCAAAAACUGUGGAUAAAACUGAUGCCGUGAAGUCAGAACCUGAAGUGUUUUCAUUUUCAUUGAAAAAGGAGGAGAAAUUAAGUGAGACGAAGACAGUGACUGUGACAGGACGUAAUAGGAGUUCUUCAGAAAGUGUGGACAGUGUUCAGAAACAGGAACAGUCUAAGGCUGAGGAGUUAAAGCCUGUUGCAAGGCGGCAUGAAGAGCCUGUGGAGGAAGCUAGGCCCGUUCUGAAGUCGGUGAGUGCAGACAAACCACCAUUGAAGUCUGUCAUUACAACUGGAGGAGGAGAAAUCAAACACACCCUCACCAAACAGCUCUCAAGUGAGUCAAACAAAGAGGAGGAUCAUAAGUCAGACACAAGUUCUGUGAAGUCUGAGAGUUUCAGGAAGGACGUAGGGUUCAAGGUCGGAAGUGUAACACCGUCACCUAAAGAAGACUACAAACAGAAGCGGCAGAGCAGGAGUAAGACUCUGCCAGAGCAGCCAAUACUACCAGAUGAGUUCUCAGCCAAAGUUCAAAGAGCAAAGUCUCAGAGAGCAGACGCUGCACCUGUCGUCCCCGUAGCUACGGGCGCUGGUUCACAGAGGCCGUCAGCGUAUGGCGCACCGUUGUCCAGGAAGGAACCCAAACACCUGUCUCAUCACGAGGCAGCACCUACUGGUCAGCCAGAAUGGAUGGCAAUGAUUAAGAAAAAGAAACCAGCUGAAAGUACGGAGAAUAAUGAGACAUCUGAGCAGAAGAAGGAGGUGCUAACUAUCGAUACUAAAGAUGUGAUCAAGGAAAAGGGGAACGACAAGAGUGGGGACAAAAUGAGUAAGUCCCUCACUUUUGCCCCAACAUCCAACCCUUCCACAACACCUGAGGAGAAGGAGUCAUUUUCAAUCAGUAGUUCCAGAUCAGCGAGUGUUAAGAUACCUUCAAAGAUGGACUCUAAACCUCAGUCUGGUCCUGUACGAUUUGGCAGUGUCAAGACUGGGAGCAUUGCUCCCUCUUCCACCACUUCUAUAAAGUCUGGGAGUGUCACCACCACCGCCCCCACCCCCAGUGUCACCAAGUCAGGGAGUACGUCUCAGCCCACCACCAGCUGGGUCAAGCCAGGUGGGACCCAGACUUCGGUGACUAGGUCGGCUACUUCGACAACCCCUUCUUCCAGCAAACCUGACAGUAUCAAGAACCUAGGCUCAAAUGUGAAGGAGACGAGCAAAGACUCUAAGAUCUCUCCCACUGAGGGUGUCAAGAAGGACUUCAGUCGGGUUCAAUCCAUGAAGACGCCUUCUUCAACACCUGACCCCACUCCAGCCUGGAAAUCUUCCAGUGUGAAAACAGUGAAGGGACCUGUGCAAUCGGCCCAAUCUUCCAGUGAUAAGAAAGAAUCCGUCCCAGCCUGGCGGAGCGGCAUAGCCAAGCCUGCAAGUAAAGUCACUAUUGAGAUCAUCGAGAAGGAGAAAGAGCCAAAACAAGAAGUGGUCAUGAGAAAGCCUAAGAGCCAGCCCGCUGCCCCAAGAACAGAGGCCGACUCGUGUCGAGACAGUUCCUCCAACCGCUCGUCCAAAGUCCUGGAUAUGGUGAAGAGCUUCCAGAAACUACAAGUUUAACUGAUAGUUGCCUGGCAACAGAACAAAAUAGUUUCCUGUAGAAUUGAGACAUGCUGAGUUCAUCAAACUUGACAUCAUUCUGGGAUAUUCUUGUUCUACUGCUGUCGGUGAAAUCACACCGAUAUACUGUACUGAUAAAAUGUGCUACCAUGGUAUAAUAAUAUACACUGAUAUACCCCAAUAUACAAUGCUACCACUGGUGGCAUAGUGAUAUACACUGAUAUAUCCUGAUAUACCAUGCAACCACUGGUGGCAUAGUGAUAUACACUGAUAUAUCCUGAUAUACCAUGCAACCACUGGUGGCAUAGUGAUAUACACUGAUAUAUCCUGAUAUACCAUGCAACCACUGGUGGCAUAGUGAUUUACACUGAUAUACCCUGAUAAACCAUGCAACCACUGGUGGCAUAGUGAUAUACACUGAUAUACCAUGCAACCACUGGUGGCAUAGUGAUAUACACUGAUAUACCAUGCAACCACUGGUGGCAUAGUGAUAUACACUGAUAUACCCUGAUAUACCAUGCAUCCAUGGUGGCAUAGUGAUAUACACUGAUAUAUCCUGCCACCAAUGGCACAAUGUGUGAGAUACAUAAUGUUCGACUGAACAAACCUAUACCAAACUGAUUGUAAUAUACUUUGUGAUAGACUACCAUGAUGGACUGACUGAUUUUGUGGAAUUUCCUAUACUUUAUUGCCUUUGUUCUGAUAGUAAGCUACUUCUACGAACAUAAUGGCAACCUUGACAUUGCUCCGUUCCGAUAUUCCCUUACCUCCCUCCAGCUUGUCGGCAUUAGUGUAGAGAUGUCCUGGCAGUAGCCGGCCACAGACUGACGGAUGGCAUCACUUUGGCAAGACAGUUAGCUAUGACAAUAUUUUCUUUAUUUCCCAUGUUUUCUCCCUUUCUUGUAGACAUUCAGGUUGCCAGGUUACACAUGGGCUGUAGUUGGACUGGGAUGCCAAUCCAUGCCUUGUGUAAUCCUGGUUAGGGCAUUAUGUUUAUAUACUUAGGCCCCUAACUGGUAUAUAAAUAAGGUUUAAAGUUGGAGUGGUUAGUUUGGCUAAGAAUCAAAUCAGCAGGCCUAAUGAUCAUAAAAUUUGAAUCUGAUUUGUUUCUUAGUUCCAAACUUGUUCCGAGCUCCGAAAUUGUUUUCUUAGUGAGGUUGAGUUUUGUGUUGCUGUUUUAGGAGCUCUCAGAGUGUUAUUCCACAGUUGUUGAUUUUAGCUGUGACUAGUGUUGCAUCAAUUAAAUACAUGCUGGUUUUCCUUUGUGAAUUUCUUCAUUGGGAUAGUGAGGUUACUUAAUAAAUGUUUAAAUGCUGUUGAAAAAUACUGAAAUAUUAGCAGCGCUUGUUAACUGCAUAGAGCCUUAAAGGUGAGCUGAAACACAGCAAGGGAGACAACUGUGUUAAGAAUUACCAGCAAGAGAGACAACUGCAUUAAGAAUUACCAGCAAGGCAGACAACUACGUUAAGAAUUACCAGCAAGGGAGACAACUGUGUUAAGGACUCCAAGCCUGACCACACCAAGCUGUCAUGGUUUAUUCUACAGGACAUGCGUGUUAUCUGUGUACUCAAGUUCUGUUUUAUCACUGCCCAGUUAGAUUGCUGAACGUUGUUUUAUUCUUUGUUCUGUUGCCUUUAUAUGCAUUUAGAGACACCGGCUCAAAAUGAUAUGAAAUGUAUUCUAGACUGGGAGUAUUAAGUUUUGCAAUGAAAGCCAUGUAUAUGGUUCUGAAAUUGUCUCUUUGUGUGCUGUCUAGACGGAUGGCAUCAGAGCCAACUUUCUACACCUUAUAAUACAGUACUAUACCCUGUCUGUGUAGUUAUCAUUAUCAUAUGCGUAUAUAUGGCCUAUUUAUGUAACAAUGUAUGACACUAUAGUUAUGAUGUAGAAGUCAAAUGCAACAAGUUUGUACAAAUCAGUUCCUACUGUUCUGCUGAAGAGGGUUCUGUGGUACUUAUCUCUAAUGACUUAUGGGGACUGUUGGGUAGCACAGUGGUUAACACGUUAGCUUGCUGCACCUAACACAGGUUCAGUUAUCAUACUCUCGAAUGACUUGUGGUGGGGUAGUCUACUCGUUGAAGUGUUUGCUCAUCACACCCAGAACCCCAGGUUCAAUUCCCUACAUACUCACUUGCUCUACUAGAUGAUGAUAUACCAUACUAUCACAAGGCACCAACCAGACUCCAUCACCGUCUUUACAAACAUUCCAGGCCAAUAGAACUAUGUGGUGAUGUUUAGGGUCACAAAUUGCCACAAUGUAGUUAUGAGGACCAGAAGUUUCAUUGGGAGUCAUGUUUCAUUUGUUUCAACUGUUUCAGUGAAGUUCCGUGUGUUUUGAACUAAAUCUAAAGCAUCUUCAUCUUCGGCUCUCGGUAUCUGUCUGUAUAUAUCUGCCUGUGUUGCAUCACGAAAACUGAAAGUGCUGACAAGGCAUUUUCAGCAUUGGUUUAUAUAUGAACCAUUUCUUUCUGUAUAAUCUUGCCAGGUUUCUAGCUCAUGGAACCCUUCACUGCUGAUGUGUGGAUUAGAGAGGUUGAAGUGUACACAGGGAGUGCACAGCUCAUUAAAACAUUAGAAAUUGUUUUUCUCCAGCGGGAUUUAUAAUAUCAGUUCUUUAUAGGAAGUGGUUUUUUCUUUCGUGGUUAAAUGAAAUCCUAGUGCUACAAGCCUGUGAAAGUGUGGACCACCAUUGCUUCUAUAGACCUUGCACCACAUCUUUAAUCAGUGUGACAUACCAUCAUGGUCCACAGUGUCCUAUGGUCAUCGAUGUUUAUCAUGCUUUGAGUGUUUCUCGGUAGAAGUGAGAACGUGGCUCUCAGGGAUUUGAACGAGGAAAGGUUAGGGGUGAGUUUGGAAGAAAGUUUUCGGGAGACAACUUUCGUCACUUCCUAAGUAUUCUCUAGGUUUUUCUCUAAUAGUAUUCAGCAACGCCUAUUUAAAUCUGCUGCAUGAACCAGACACAAACAAUGCCAAAAACUGUUUUCAUGUUAGAAUGACUCAAAUAUACUACUAAAAAAUGCUGACAUGGUCUACAGGACCUGUAGUGCUGGAUAUCUCUCAUGGAUGGUGUCAGUCGAACACCUGUUGUCAUGGACACCAGUGUCACCACACAUACACCACUUCGACAUCUCCAAUACACCACUUCGACAUCUCCAAUACACCACUUUGUCACUGGAAAUGUUUGGGAUUGCAAUAGGAAAAUGUGUUGCAAGCCCUAGAUCAGUCUACCACUGGGUGUCCUUCACUGUCCCAUGUCCUAGGCAUACCAUCACAGACUUAUCUUCACCUGUUACCAAAAUGAAAUGGCAGAAAACAUCUUACUCACUUUUAGGAAAGUGGCACAUCAGUUUUAGGUUGUUAUGUUAACCAUUUUUAGCUGAAAAGUUGUGAAUUUAAAUUUUUUGCUUAUUGCAUAUUUACUUAUUGUACAAAUAUGAAUUCUCUGUACAAAUGUACAUAGCAAUUGUAUGUUUUUUAUUUGACAAAGGACCAAUGUUAUGGUAUAUUUUAUAUCUGUGUUGUUUGAACGUUACCAGUCUGGCUAAUGGAGACUUUUGUUACCCUUUCACUUGUUAGUCAGGUCAUCUGAUUCAUGUUUUACAGGGGCAGUGUUCUGUAGCAGUUGCUUCAUUGAACUGGAGCUUUCUAGCAUCCUCAAUAUCAACGGGCUGUUCUUAGAUACUAGCAUGAGGGAUUUAGACUGGUACUCUCACCAGGUUAGCUAAAAUUUGAAUCUUAUGGCUCUAUUAACAUUCUUAUCUAUUUUGUUGAUUUCUAUCCUGCAGUUGUCACCGAUCGUGUAUGAGACUCAUGAAUCUUCCUAUGUAUCCAGGUCGAGACCAGUGUUCCAUCUCAAAAGUUAAGGUUAAAUUAAGUCUUUGGCUUCAUGUUCUGCUGAGAUAGAAAUUACUUGAAAAUAUCAUAAAGUUGAAGGUGUCGUUGCAUACAUAGGUAUGUAUAUCCAUGAGUCUCUCUGCUCUACACUGUCUAUAGCAGUUGUCCUUUCUAAGUUCUCUGUAUCCAGCACUUUGUAAACAACAUUCCCCAACAACGUGCCCCGACAGCGUGCCCCGACAACAUUCCCUGACAAUGUGCCCCGACAAUGUGCCCUGACAAUGUGCCCCGACAGCGUGCCCCGACAACAUUCCCCGACAACGGGCCCCGACAACAUUCCCUGACAAUGUGCCCCGACAACGUGCCCCGACAACGUGCCCCGACAACAUUCCCCGACAGCGUGCCCCGACAACGUGCCCCGACAACAUUCCCCGACAGCGUGCCCCGACAACGGGCCCCGACAACAUUCCCUGACAAUGUGCCCCGACAACGUGCCCCGACAACGUGCCCCGACAACAUUCCCCGACAGCGUGCCCCGACAACGUGCCCCGACAACGUGCCCCAACAACGUGCCCCGACAGCGUGCCCUAGAGUAGUUCUCUAUCUGGUGCCUUGUAGCCACAUCCCGCUUUGUACAUAGUCCUAUCUUGUAACAUUGUUGAUAGUUGUUGCUAAUGCUUGUAUAUUCUGAUCAGAUGACUGCCUAAUAUGGUCAUAGUGUCAUCUGAUUUGGUCAUGUGAUAUAAUCAACCUGAUGUGACUGUUACUUAGGCUAAAUAUGGUAGUGUGACCUUUAACCUAAUUGUAGUUACAUGACUAACAAAUGUUCAUUCAUUCAUUCAUGUGACUGUGUAACCAACAUGAUCAUGUGAUUUCUUUAUAUGGUGAUGUGACAGUUGAUGUUGACGGUCAUGUGACUUCUAUAUAUGGUGAUGUGACAGUUGAUGUUGACGGUCAUGUGACUUCUAUAUAUGGUGAUGUGACAGUUGAUGUUGACGGUCAUUUGACAGCCCAACGUAAACAAUCUCCCCUGGACAGUGGGCAAGAAGUUUAAAAAUGUGAAAUAUUUGGGGAUUUAUAUCAUUGUAUAACAAAAAUUAAUUCAAAUUGUAAAUGCUGAGACUCGCCAGUCCUGGGUCUGAUUCCUGUCUUGGUGCAUGAGGUCCAGUUUGGAGGCUCUCAGCUUGAUUCACGCCUUUGAGGCAGUCUUGAGCAAGUGAGGUGUGUCAUGCUGACAAUGUCCUCCAGGAGAGUGUGUUUACAGAUGGCUGUCCACCACCACAUACAGACUGAAUAGUCCAGCACACAUGCAUGGGUAGCACCCAAACUUCUGUGAUCAUGUGUACUGCCUUCAGACAACAUUUUUAAUCAAUAAUAAAUACCAAUUAAUAA